AUGGUUCUCGCAUGUCCACAGUGCAGUAAAGUCUUAUCGAACGGUUCGAACCUCAGACGACACCUUGCUGAAGUCCAUGGACACAUGAGUCGCGUGGAAAAAUGGGAAGCACAAAAAGUGGAGGAAGAGUGGGAGCGGGAGAUGUGCCCUGUUUGUCAGAUGUUCUUGCAAUCUCCAAAGGAAAUAUACUACCAUGCUAAGCGGAAUCAUAAUUUCGAAGGAGUUGUACAAAAGGAGACAUUCGCUAACUACGAUGAGUUUGAGAAGUGGAAGGAAACUAUGGAGAAGCUGCACGCUUCGUGCUGGAAUCGCAAACAUCAAACAGUAACGAGUAACGUUUGCUAUCGAUACUUCAGAUGUCACAGGUGGAGCAAAUCUUCGCUU